AAAUUAAAAUACAUCCAAAAUGGUUGGAAAAAUUGUGUCUUGUAUAGCCUUGGAAGCAGUUCUAGUGAGCAUUAUUCUACGCAUGCCCAUUGUUUUUUCUGAUGAUACAGUACCUAUUCCGCCAGACAGUGCUGAAAUAAACAAUUGGUUUGAUGGCAUUGUUCAAUCAUUAACUGCACGGAAAGCUACCUUGGACCCGGCCCUAGUCACCGCGGAGAGCGAACCUAAAGUUAUUAAAUUGAAGAGCGAUGGAAGUGGCGAUUUCAAGACUAUCAAUGAUGCCAUAAAAACCAUUCCAGAUGGAAAUGCUAAACGCGUUAUUUUAUCGCUAGCACCUGGAAAUUAUACUGAGAAAGUCAAGAUUGGGAUGAAUCAACCAUUUAUCACCAUCUAUGGGGAAGAUCCAGAUAACAUGCCAGUUCUUGUGUUUGGUGGAACAGCAAAAGAAUACAACACUGUGGAAUGUGCCACCUUGAUUGUGGAAUCAGAUUACUUCAAUGCCGUUAACUUGAAAAUUGUGAAUUCUGCGCCAAGACCGGACGGAAAAGUGGAGGGAGCUCAGGCAGCCGCUUUGAGAAUCAGUGGAGACAAGGCAUCUUUCUAUAAUGUCGAAUUCCAUGGAUAUCAAGAUACCCUUUGUGAUGACAAAGGAAAACAUUUAUUUAAAGAUUGCUACAUUGAAGGCACUGUAGAUUUCAUAUUUGGCAGCGGGAAAUCCAUCUAUCUGAACUCGGAGAUACAUGUGAUUCCCGGGGAUCCGGUGGCAAUGAUUUCUGCACAAGCAAGAGUAAGCGACUCGGAGGACACAGGCUAUUCAAUUCUGCACAGCAAGAUUACCGGCUCGGGCGGUGUGGCCUAUUUGGGCAGAUCUUGGAAGCCUGCUGCUAAAGUGGUGUAUGCCUUCACAGAAAUGAGUGAUGUAGUUAACCCAGUAGGAUGGUCCCUCGUUGCACCUGGACAUGAAAAGACGGUAUUCUUCGGAGAAUAUAACAACAAAGGCCCUGGAGCAAAUAUGGAUAAACGUAAAUACAAUAAGAAACUAACUGAUGCAGAUGCUAAACCAUUCAUCAGCCUUGCCUUUAUAGAGGGUUCUAAGUGGAUACUUCCUCCUACCAAAGUUUAAAAUCUAUUACUUCAGUUUGUAAAUUUAUGUGUACACCCAAUUUAAGGAAUAAUUUUUGUUUGAGCUAGGUAAACACAUAAUUUUUGUUUUCAGUUCCUGAUUUUAUUCCCUCUGAUGCGUUCAGAGCCUGGAGUUCUUGUGUAAUACAAAAUUUAUUUUCUCCAAACGUAUUUAUCUGAGUUAUUUUUGUCAGUUGAUGUAUAAACUAUAUUCCAAAUGUGAGUUCUUAAGAAAAGGGAACUCUAGGAAGUGAUAAAGAUCAAUUUCAAAAUUUUUGAAGAUGUCAAGGAAGCAGCCAAUUUGUUCAA